AUGGAUACCGUCGCGACUACGAGCCACAUUUCUGCAGCGGAAACACGUCAAUCAUUGCAAAAACCUCAACUGACGGCUAAGGACAUCAAUGACGACGUUCCAUCGAAGAAACAAUGCGUGAAUCUUCCCCCGGAACAAAUGGACGAGGAGAGGACAUCCAACUACUCGUUUCAUGACGGCACUCCUGGAGACGAAGACGACUUCAUUCAAGUCACAGUGCGGAAAAAUCGCCCGGCCGGAAUCCCGCUGAUCAUCAAGCCAAAAGAGCAGGGAACCUCGUUCUGGAGGAUCAACCCCAACAGAAUAGCCAAAGAAAUUGUGACAGUAUCACAAGAGAAAUUACUAGCACCACGCAUAAGGAAAGAUGGCACAAUCACGGUCAACACAUCGACGCUGAACUCAACGAACAGGCUUCUUAUGAUGAAAUCUCUUGUCGAAAUCGACGUGACAGUGACCGUGUCCGAGUCAUACACACGCAAUGUUGGCAAGGUCAACAACAUUCCUGUUCAAUACUCAGACUACGAACUGCUAGACUACCUGAAGAACGCUGGUGUCAUCGCAGUCCAACGACAAAUUGCAUAUUCAAGAAAAGAAGACGGCAGCAUGGAGCAACAACCAACAGAAAGUGUCCUGCUUCACUUUCUACAGAAUCACCCGAUGCCUGCACGGGUCCUGUUGGGCUUCACCAGUCAUCCUGUGAUGGAGUACUUUGGAACCCCGGUACACUGCUUUCGAUGCCAACGACAUGGGCACCUCGCAAGACAUUGUCGCGGCCAACAAAGAUGCAAGGUUUGCGCUGGAUCACACAGCUACAAGGACUGCAUGGACAAAACCAAUCCAAAGUGUGCAAAUUGUGGAGGCAAUCACUUUACGAACGAGCAACGCGUCUUGUACCUGUACCUAACGGACACGUUGGUGUCAAUGGUGAAUACGAAAAGCUACGCGCAGAAAGACGAAAAGCAGAACGACGCUAUAGAAGAUCAGGAAAUGUUGAAGACUAUAACCAGGCCCAACAUAUUCACAAGCUUAUGCGUCGAGAGCUGCAAAUUCUUUCAGUCCGUCGAUGGAGGAAGUUCAGCGGGGCUCUCCAACACAUCAGAAGCUCGCCUUACUUAUAUACUUGCAAGAAGUCUAAGAGUAUGCUUAGGUCUUCCGCGAGCAACAUCCAGUGCGCUUGUACUCGCUGCAGCCAAAGAACCACCAGUAACUAUCCUAAGAAUCCAGGAAGUAUGUCGGAAUUUUUUUAGACUUUCUGCACGGCCCCUUUUUAAUGAUAUUCUUUCUCGCAAAGGGACAAACUUUCUUCGAACAUUAAAUUCUGUGCCAAUGAUACUCCCUGAACAAACACACUGGGUUCAAGACAUUCAUAAGCCACCAUGGACGCUACCAUUACUGGACAUCAAUAUGAACAUUCCAGGCAUGGAAACAAAAGCAUCGACCAAUACACACGUUGCUAGGACACUGACCCUUGCCCAUCUACUGCAAAAAUACGACGAUAACAUCCACGUGUAUACCGACGGAUCAACCAAGGAUGAAGGAUCAACAUCAGCAUUUGUGGUGCCCCAGUUCAACCAUUCGUCAUCCUUUCGGUUGUCACAUCAUACUUCUUCAACUACCGCAGAAUUGCAUGCUUUACUCGCGGCUGCAAUGUACAUCAAAAAUAGCUUGACAGCGAAUUCCUGGCUGCAAUCCAUUAAGACCCUGAAUACUCGCAACGAAAAUAUGUCUCUUGUGUACCGAAUCUGUGAAGAACUUGGGGAAGCUAUAAGAUUUGGACAUACGAUACACCUUCAAUGGGUUCCUGGACAUAGCGGUGUUUCAGGAAACACCCAAGCUGACCAACUGGCCACGAAUGCAUAUACAAGCAACAACGUCCAGCUCACACCUUUUACAAAAAGCGAUGCCAAGCGGUACAUUCGUUGUCUGAGAAACAGAAUGUCUCCUGACACCUGGCUCAAGAGCAUCUCGGAACAGAGCCUACUCCUUUUAAUUGACCCAGACCUUCGGUGUCCAGUUCAUAAUUACUUGAGCAGACCAAUUGAGACAUUAAUUCAUCGCCUACGACUAAAUGUCGCGUACACCGGCAGAUUUCUUUGCCGAAUUCAACAGGUAGAAACACCGAGCUGCACCUGUGGCCAUCCCGUGGAAGACGUCGAGCACAUAAUAAUGGACUGUCCAAGAUACGACCAGUGGCGAACUCGAUUACGAGUGGGACUAAGCAUACUCGACAGUCGCUCUUUUUCUCUGGCCAAAGUUUUAGGUCCUUGGCCAGACUUAAAAAGCCAGAAGAGGGCAUCAACUUUACUACGUGAUUUUUUUACUGACACAAAGAUAAUUGACAGAUAUUAG